UCAGCCGUCGCACUCCGUCCUUGUUGUUGUUGUUGUUGUUUGCGUCCGUCGUCGCCAUGGUAACCGCGCCCCGCGCUGUCCUCGUGGCCGCCGCGGCGCUGGCGUGGCUCGCGCGCGCCUCAUCAUCAGCAUCAUUAUCAUCAUCAUCCACAUCAUCAUCAUCAUCCUGGUCUCGCGCCGCGGGUCCCGUGAUCCGCUGCGAGCCGUGCGACGUGGGCGCGCGCACCCUCUGCAAGCCCGUGCCGCUGGACUGCGCGGAGCGCGUGCGCGAGCCCGGCUGUGGCUGCUGCCUCACGUGCGCGCUGCUCGCGGGCGAGCGAUGCGGCGUGUACACGGGCCGCUGCGGCGCGGGGCUCGCGUGCCGUCACGAGGCGGGCGAGCCCAGGCCCCUGCUCGCGCUGCUGGAGGGCCGCGGGGUUUGCGUGAACGGCACGAGGGCGGCGGGGAAGGGCGCGAGGACCAUCGGAGCCAAUCAGGAAGCUGGCAGUGCCAGGAUUCCUGAGGAAGACCCCGGCAGCAACACGAGCGUCCUUGUCCCAGCGGAACACGAGCAGUCCACACAACUCCUUGAUCCCCAUGAGCAGCAACCUCCACCUUACUCCCACCACCCCAAAGCCGAGAUCAUUCAACGUGAACAGGCCAGGAGGGGACACGUUUUCAAAAUGGUGGAACCUCCAGUCAUGGCUCCAUCGGACAAGAGCUUCUCCUUUGACUCCAAGCAGGAGCCUGAGUAUGGCCCGUGUCGAAGGGAAAUGGAAAGCAUUUUUAAUGGCCUAAAAAUUGCAGACAUGCUGAACCCACGAGGCUUCCGCAUCCCAAACUGCGACAAGAAAGGAUUCUACAAGAAAAGACAGUGUCGGCCAUCUAAGGGGCGGAAGCGCGGCCUGUGCUGGUGCGUGGACAAGUACGGUCAGGCCCUGCCAGGCUACGAGGGGAAGGAGAGAGGCAGUGCCCAGUGUUACGCCAUGGAGAACCAAUAGAACCCACCAGACGAUGAAUGGCAGAGAGAUGGAGGGACUGUGGCGUUCACUAAAGGGACUCUGUGAAGAAACAGCAGGAAUCAUUUUGCUUUCCACGCAGCCCCUCCAUCUGGGACUCGUGCGGGAGAAUAUUAAGGGGGGCUUUCACAUUUUGGGCCUUUUCCAAGCUUAAAACGGCUCUAAUUUAUUUCUGUGUUCUACACAUUAGCCUUUCCUUUUGAAGCCAGCAGAUGCUUGGACCCCCUAGAUGCUUGCAGGAGAGAAAGAGAGCGAGAGAGCUUUGGAAAAGAUGAGCCUCAGGACGCAGUGAAGCUGUGGAAGGUGGCCAGGACUGACCGCAGAGGACAGGGCUGAAGGCGUCACAGAGCACUUCCCAUAAGCAUGUUUGUCUGUUUGUUUGUUUCUUUAUAUCUGCGUGUGUGGCUGCUAAACAUAUAAGCUUAACCACGUGCACUCGCAUCUCCAUACCUAUCAAGAUCCUACUGGUGACUUUGGCGUUUCAAAGAGCCACGUUUAGUUUGCGUAAUCGAACAUAAAACAUCUUCAUUUUUAGCCUGUUGAUCUCUGUUUGCAUAUGGUAUGAUUUAUAGGGGAACUCCACCAUAAUUGCAAAAUUUCUAAGUAAUUCAGUCACUGAAAUGUAAACAGCCAUUCUGAGUGGUUUGGUAUGAAAUGGUUCAUUGUUGAGAAACUUGUUGACUCAGAUUUCUUUACAGUGAUGCUGAUAGAAACCAGGGGUUGCUAUAUAGACAAACACAAAUAUAGCCAUUUUAUUUACUAUAUAAAAGCACCAGUGAACCAACACGCGUCUUCUGAGUUUAUAGAUCACUGUUUUUGUCAGGGCAAAACCUCGUAUCUCCAUUUUUGUCGUUUUUCAGUUUUGGACAUAGUUUGGAAAUGCGUGUUGUCCUUUACAC